AUGUCAGUAGAUAUUGAAGCAUUAUCUACUAGCCGAUUGAUAACAGGGGUGGUUUUUUUGGUUUGGUACAUUAUUAUAUUGGUGGUAGCGUAUCGAGGAUAUUUUGAAAUUCGAAGUAAAUUUACAAGAACUUCAGAAACCAAGGUGAGCGAUGACACGCUCGAAGCGGUUAGCAUAAUACGCCCGAUCAAGGGAAUAGAUCCUGAGUUAAGUUCGUGCUUGGAAUCGUCAUUUCAACAGAAUUAUCCUCGAGAAAAGUUGCAAAUAUUGUUCUGCGUCGAUAAUCCAAGUGAUGAAUCCAUACCGAUCAUUCAGAAAUUGAUAGACAAGUAUCCGGACGUGAAUGCGACAAUUUUGGUAUCACAGGGUUAUAAUUUUGAUACAAGAAGGUCGAUUGAGCAUUUUGGACCAAACCCAAAGGUCAACAACUUGUCUAAAGGGUUUUUGAAUGCAGACCAUGAUAUUUUAUGGAUUAUGGACUCAAACGUAUGGGCUUCUCCUAAUAUUUUACGGAAUUCUAUAACGGCACUUAAUGAGGAUACUAAUAACGGUAGGCCUAACACUAGCGACAGGAAGAUCAAAUUGGUACACCAUGUGCCUUUAGCAUUAAGUAUUAAUCCUAGUACCGAUACUGACAGUGACUUAGAAUAUACUUUGAGUCCUGUUAAUUCGACAGGUCAAUAUAAGAAAAGAUUUUUGAAAAAACUAGGAGCUAAAUUGGAUGAAAUGUUUAUGUUGACAUCACACCUGAAAUUCUAUGUGUCGUUGAAUAAUCUUGCAGUGGCUCCAUGCGUUAAUGGGAAGUCAAACAUAUACAGAAAAUCAGAUUUAGAUCUUGCCGUGGCUAAAAUUCCAUCACUUAAUUCGGCAUUUUUUUCUUCUAACUCUGUGGUAUCGGAUGCCAAAUACUACACUUCUUUGGGACCUGGAAACUCUCUCAAGUUAUUCUCUCGUUAUAUUGGAGAAGAUAAUAUGAUUGCAAUAUGUCUUUGGGAAAAUUUAUUUAGUAGAACCGGAUUAACAGGUGAUUUUGUUAUCCAACCCUUGAGUGGGACCGAUAAUACGGUCAAUGAUUAUAUUACUAGAAGAGUCAGAUGGUUGCGUGUUAGAAAAUACAUGGUAUUGAUGGCCACGCUAAUUGAACCUUCAACAGAGUCGAUUGUUUGCGGCUUGUUUGGUACGUAUGCAAUCUCUACGUUGUUAUGGCAUACGUGGUUUAAUUGGAAAUUUUUCAUCUUUCAUCUUUCGAUCUGGGUACUUACUGAUUACACCCAAUAUUAUACUUUUAUUAAGAAUAUAUCGGAAGCCAACUAUGAUUCGAAUUGGUUGCAAAGAUCCAAAUUGCCUCCAUUAACUAGACCUUUUCGUAAAUGGCUUUAUAUUUGGGUAAUGAGGGAAGUUUUGGCGUUGCCUAUAUGGAUAAUGGCGAUGUGUGGUCAUGAAAUCGAUUGGAGAGGCAGACCAUUCAAAAUCAAGAAAGAUUUAACAGCCGAAGAAUUAUAA